CUUGAUUUUGUUUUUAUUUAGAAAUUUAAUGAGUAGGAACAAACGGUUUGCUCUUAAUUGUUACUUGAGGAAAAGGUUUUUAUUUUGAUUGUCCCUUUACUUAAUAUGAGAUAACAUGGACGCUCUGCCUCGAGGAAGCAGAAUCACCUUCAAACAAGCGAAGCCAAAUCCGCUUUUUCAGGGAUGGUUGGAAGAAUUGCAUAAAGAAGCAGUUGAGAAUAACAGUAACUUCGAGUUGGUUGUGAAGGAAGCUCUCACCGCUCUAUCUAAGUAUCCUCUACCUCUGCAGAGUGGCACAGAGUGUGCCAUUCUUAAAGGCUUUGACAAAAAACUAUGUGCAUACUUAGACAAGCGUUUAGAAGUACAUAAUUACAACAAAAAUUUGCUUACAAAUAAUUCAUCUCCUAAAAGCUCUGACACAGAAACUUAUGAUCUAGAUAGUCCUAUAAGAAUUGACUGUGAACCAAAAUCACCUAUUAUUACAAACUCACAUAGUCCUGUUAAAACAAAUUUGAGUGAACCAUGUAAUUCAAACUCACUCAGUCCUGUUAACAUAAAUUUGAGCUCAGAUAACCAAGAAAAUGCACAAAGCAGUGCCUCAGGCAGUAGCAAAGCCAAAGCUACAAAAAAGAAACAAAGAGGUGUCUACAAACCAGCAUUCCGGUCUGGCAGCUAUGCCAUUCUUGUUGGUCUCCUAGAACAUUUUAAUCAGAAUCCUGACAGUCCGGCAUUGAAAAAGGAAGAUUUGAUAGAUAUAGCACAAAAACACAGUGAAGAAUCAUUUACUAGACCAAAGCCGGAGUCUUUUUACACUGCCUGGAGUAAUAUGACUAGAUUAGUAACUAAAGGGCUGGUGAAUAAAAGGAAGAAUGGUAGGAAAAUUGAGUAUUUCUUAACAGAUGAAGGAAUUUCAAAGGCACAGGAACUUUUAAAGGAAUAUGCAAAUACUCCUACAGCUAAUGACAUUAUUUUUAACGGUGCUAGUCCACAAAGAAGAAGUCCAGAUAUGGAAGUUGAUAUAGUAAUUGAUAGGCCAAUUGUAAGAGAAGCUACGAAAUCUCCAGUACCAGUAUUACAAAGUCUGGAUGCUAUUGAAAUGCCGCCUGGAUCAUUUGAUGUCAUUUUGUUAAUUGAUAAAUGUGAAACCAGUGGAUUAUCAAACAAACACGAUCCAACAGUUGGUCAAUUCAAGAAAUACCCAGACUUAAAACAUGAAUAUAGAAGUUUAAAAGUCGGAGACUUCACAUGGGUGGCUCAGCACAAAACCAACAAGGACCAAGAACUUGUUCUUCCAUAUGUUGUGGAAAGAAAGCGUAUGGAUGACCUCGGAUCUAGCAUAAAGGAUGGCAGGUUCCAUGAGCAGAAGUUUAGAUUAAGAAAAUCAGGAUUAAAAAAUGUUAUUUAUUUAGUUGAGAAUUAUGGGUCUAAUAAACAUGUAGGUCUGCCAAUACAGUCUUUGAUGCAAGCUCUGCAGAAUACGAGAGUGCAAGAUAAUUUUAAAGUGCAUGAAACAGAUUCUUUGAAGAACUCUGCAAGGUUUUUGGCCAUGAUGACUAAAAGACUGACUAUAGAGUAUAAGGAUAAACAUUUAAAAGGAUACAACAGGGAACCACAAGGAGACGACCUAAUGACAUUCUCAUUUCUCAACCAGGCGUCUAAAAAAACGAAGCCUCUAACAGUCACGGAGACAUUCAUCAAACUGCUACUACAACUCAAAGGCGCGUCAGUUGAAAAAGCUUUGGCUAUAACUGAGGUGUACAAGACCCCACACUCUCUUAUUGAGGCGUAUGAAAACUGUAGCCAGAAAGAAGGAGAGUUUUUGCUAGCCAAUUUGAAGUAUGGCGAUUUGAGCAGGAAUGUUGGGCCUACGGUUAGCAAAUCUGUGUAUCAUUUGUUCUCUAAUAUAAAUCUAGCUUGAC